GUCCACCGGGAUAAAAUUAUGUGAAAUAAUAUCGAUCAAAACAACCUUCACACCUACUCAGAAAGCUGCACAGCAACCGAAGUGUUAGCGCUCUUUUUAGAGUGGUUUUGAUAGCCUCGGGUAUAAUGGCGCAGAUGAGGAGUAUCGAUAGAGUUCACACGGCCCGGCAAAUGCGGGAAGGAGGAGGGUUUUUGGUUCGCCGUCCAUUAGGAGAUCAAAAUAUUCGAUGCGACCCCUUCCUUCUACUAGAUCAUCUGGGUCCGGUGGUGUAUGGCCCGGGGGAAGCGAUUGGAGCGCCCGAUCAUCCCCAUCGAGGGUUUGAGACGGUAACCUACAUGAUAGACGGCCAAAACAUGCAUCAAGACAGUCAUGGGAAUUACGGCGUGCUGAAGGAAGGGUGGGUGCAGUGGAUGACAGCUGGGUCAGGCGUGAUCCAUAGUGAAAUGCCUACUGACGAGUUUACUAAGAAAGGUGGGAAAUAUGAGGGAUUCCAACUUUGGGUGAACCUCCCAGCCAAGGACAAGAUGACAGCGCCGAGAUACCAAGACACUCCACCUGAAAAGAUACCUGUCGCUACCUCACAAGAUGGUAAAACCAAAGUAAAAGUGAUAGCUGGAGAGAGUCUUGGUACAAGGGCUGCCAUAGAAACCAAGACACCAAUCAUGUUCCUGGACAUGCAUGUUUCAGCGGGUGGUUCUUUUGUCCAGGAAAUACCAGAGAAUUACAAUGGGUUUGCUUAUGUUUGGAGAGGAGCUGGGUCAUUUGGGGAUGAUAAUAUAUCAGUGGAGAUGGGACAGUGGUUGCUUUUGCAGGUCGCGUUCUUUGGAAAUGAGGGCAGUACAGUUCAGAUCAAAGCCCGCACAAAUCAAGACAUCCACGUGCUUUUAAUUGCUGGCGAACCGCUGAACGAGCCUGUGGUACAACAUGGCCCCUUCGUGAUGAAUACGAGGGAGGAGAUCGAGCAAGCAAUAAACGACUUUCGCACUGGGAAACUGGGUUCUAUAGAAGGUUCUGAGGAGCGUUAUGCGAAAACAAAGGCAGCCGUGAAGAAGCAGAAGCAGGCUGGGAACUGGGAACUUUGAUUUUUAGGAUUUUACUAAAAGGGUAUAACAAGGGAAGUUAUGGGGGGGGUAGGGGUGUCAAGGGUGGGUGAAGGACUGAAUGUACAUAUCCAUUCUACCCAGGACCAAAAAUCGCUUUUGGGUUUUGGGGACUAUCCUCAUUGCGAUUACUCUUAAUAAUAUCCCAAUUCUAGUCUCCACCAAGAUGGUGUCUCAAAAUUUCGCGGUUUUGUCAAAUCCCCGGCUUUAUAUUUCGUAGGUCAGUUUCUGCAAUCUUUCACUAGGGUUAGUUAAACCUUUUUUUUUUAAUUGUUGUAUACAUAUCAGAAAAUUGCUGGAAUUAAAAAAAAUAUAAUAUUAA